AUGCGAAGCGAGACGUCCCUGGCAGCCGCAGGAGCUCCCAGCCCUUCGACGGGGCUGGUCUCCCGCCUGCGCCGCCUCGUGAACAUGGAGUCGCCACGCGAGACGGAGGACGGAACUGCCGAUGGCAGGGGCCGAACAGGUCCGCCAAGGGCGCUGGGCACCAGCAUGCUGAGUAUGUCCCAUCCGUCUCGAAGCACAGCGAAGGCUCAGCUGGCAGCACAAACGCAGGCGAUCAUGAAGUGCCACAAGCCACGGAGUGCGGCACUGCAGGUGAUGCCGAAAGCAGCCAGCACCGAGCCUUGGCGUCCCGGAGCGCAGGACGCGGUGCCUGAGCCGGAAGAAUCGGAAGGAGAUUCUUUGCCUCCGGAGCUUUCAUUCGCAGAGGAGGACUUCUUUCUCACCGAGAAUUGA